UAAUUCUAUAUAAUAUCUUUUAUAUCUAAUUAAAGAUAUAAAAAUGUGUGCAAUUUAUCAUAUUCAUGAAACUAUCAUUUAUUCUAUACUUUUUAUGGAUGAACUGCAGCUACUUUGAAAGACGGAAAUUCAAGUAAUAAUAUUAAUAAUAAGAAGAGAAAAAACACCGCAAUUUCUCUUCUUCCACCUGCUGUCGGGCGCGCGCGAGCGAGCUUGUUUUAAUUAAUCGUUCCACGCUUACCGUCGUCACGGAAGGAUUAAGGUAAUCCUUACUCUGCCCUGACCUGCUCUUGCUGGAUGCGCAUUGAGUGAUCAAGAAUGAAGGGAGGCUGGGCAGAAUAAGGAUUGCUCGCUCAACAAUCCAGUGCGUGCAUGCCUUUCUCCAACCGUUCGCUGUCUGCAACUUUGCAAGAACACAAAGAUGUAAUUCUAUGCAAAAACAAAACUCUUCACGUCGACACUUGUCAACCGUUUGUAUGACAGUAGGUAGACUCGAUGAUUGCUGGUAAUAUUGUAAUUAAUUACAAUUAUGUUCGUAAAGAAGCUCUCUUGAAAAUAUUAUUAUUUUAUAUGCGUGCAUUUGCAUUUUUUAUUUUACGCUGAUGGAAAAAGUGAUAACAAUCUCAUGAAAAGAAAUAUUCUCCAUUAUCAAACUAAAAUGGCAUUUAUUUAUACAUUAAUAGCAGAUAAUUAAUGCUUGAGUAUGAUAUUAGUUUACUGCCUACCAGAUGUCAAAUAAGAAUGCAACCAAGAAUUUCAAUUUACUAAAUAUAAACAUAAAAGAUAUAUAUGUAGAAAUACCUUUAAAUGGAUAAAUUAUCGAUAGACGCCAUAAACUCAAUCGGCAUUCCCAUAGGAAUUCUUCGUAAUACAGAAAGUAGAAAGGAAUACCAGAAGCAUCAAUUAAAAUCCGUUGUAUCAUAUUUUGCGAACAAAACAUAUGUAUAAGAUUUUAUAUUAUAUUUUUAUUAUAUUUUUAAAACACGGCUAAUAAAAUAAACACCGUAACAUUUAUAUAUAUAAAAUAUAUAAAAAUAUUUGAUUUUAGAACCAAAUAUUUUCUUAUAAUUUCACACAUAAAUAAUCUUGUUUAGUUUAAAAUCUGUACAAAAAAUCUCAUGUAGACAAAAGAGUUUGCUUCUGCGAAGUACGUUUAGCGUCAAAUAUUUCAAUGUUCAUAAUAUUCGUAUUUGUUAAUACCAGUCACUUUAAAAUCAAUUCUCAAUAUAAUAAAAAGCGAUGUAAAAUGCAAAAUGCAUGUAUAUUACAUUAAUAUAAAUACGCGCUUAUAUAUAGCUUACACACAAGUAAAAAUGCGUUUUGCGGAAUACGGUGGUUCUUUAUAUAAAGCAAUAAAUUUUAUGGGACAAUAAUUAUUACAUAAUAAAUAACGUAUACUAAAAGAUAACACAGUAGAUAAAGAGGUGAAGAGAAGAAAUAUAUAAAAAGGGAAAUUGAUAUUGCAAAACAUUCCAUCGCGAGGAAAUAUAAUUUCACGAGAUACAGAAAAACAAGUUUUCAGGGGCAUAAAGAGAUACUUAUGUACUUGUUGCAACCACAUCAAUAAAAAUAAUAAAACGACCAAUUUCUAGAAAAACGUGUAAUCCAAAUGAAAAGUUGGCAUCUCUUUGAUCUCCCAUUUCCAAUUUCAAUAAUCAUGUAUAUUUUUGUUACAGCUGACAAGAAAUUACGACAUGGAAAAUUAUAUUCGUGACAUAUGUCACGACAUAUAAACAUGAUUUACCAAAGUAAUCCUAAGAACAUGUCAUUACUUUUCAAUUGCAUUCGAUAAAAACCUGUAUUUUGCUUAUUGAAAUAUAUAUAAGUAGUUGCCAAAUAGAAAAUUAUUAAAAUUUUUUAAAAUAUUUUUUUAAAUAUAAAAAUUCUUUAGAAACUUCUUUCUUGAUAAAGAGUAUAAAGAAAAUACAAUUCUUCAAAUAAUAUAAAAUUAAUAUUAUUUUUAUAUCAUAUCACUGAGUAAUUAAUUCCAUGCAGAAGUUACCAAAACAUGCUACAUCCUAAAAGAAUUAAAAAACAAAAAAAAGAGAAUUAAAGAAUUAUACUGAAGCAGUAAUUAAGCGAUCAUGGAGGAAAAGUAUUUCGCGCCAUAGGUUGAUAAGAAACAAAAAUGAAGAAGUAAAUAAUAAGCGCACUCGCAAGUCAUGAAUUAUCCGCGCACGAAGCAACUGUAGAUCAAAUCGCAAUAUUUCUCAUUACUCAUAUGUGCAUUUCCCACUUUUCAUCAGCGAACUAUUGCCGGUCUCUUCGAUUAAAGAAAAAACCCGAGGAAGAGAAUGUCUUCCUUAUGAUACGUUCGAUAUCAUCCUAACGCUAAUAAUCUUACUUUCUCGCUAUGAAUCAGCAUUCCAUAGUGCUAUUCCAGCGCAUCAAUUGUCCAUAGGAUCAUCAUUGACAAGGACCUAUCACGUAUUUUAAAACUACAAAGGUAUGAUGCCAAAUAUAGUUGUGUGAUUUCUAUUAUGCGUUAUUAUCGAUUCGAUCUUUCUUAAUUAUUACAUUUGAUUGUUUUAUGUAUUUUUUAAUUAACAGAAUGGGACAAAUUACGUGUUGACAUUUAAAUAACUGUUUUCUUACAUUUUGCAAUAAAAAUCUUUGUAAAAAUAAUGUUGCAUUAUAUAAUAAACAAGGUGCGAUAAACUAGAUAAGACGAAAUAGAAGCUACAAUAAAUAAAUAUUUAAAUAUUUUUCGUAACCUGAAUAACUAAAAUGGUAUAUUCUUCUAGUCAAAGAAAAUUUCGCAAGAUUAUAUUUCGGGGUGAGAAAAAUUGUUUAUUUUUACACCCCAUUAGAUAAAUUUCGAUCGCAUAAAAAAAAUAACUUAUAUUACCAGUAACAUGUAAAUAUUAUAUGUUGUAAGAAUAAACAGCGUAAACAUUAUAAUGUUAUUGCAGAAAGACUGAUACAAUCGAUUAUGGUAAUGCAGGAUUUGAUACAAUCUCCGACUGCAUUAACGUCGAAAGACAAAUUAAUUCUUUUCCUCGUUAUAGUAUAAUCACGUUAUUGUUUUAGGCCAAUUAGUCGAUGGCCAAUAAUAUGAAAAUUCAUCAUGAGGAAGCGAUUUUACAGCGAUUGAAUGUGAUAUGAGAAUUUCUCUUCGUUCACGGAAGAGUUAUGAAAGGGUUAAACGUCACGGGAGAGGCACGGAGGAGCCUCUGUGCUCGGUGAAUUCGAAACCUCGCAUUACGCCAUCGAUUACGCGGAUGACCGUAUUGGAAACUCCUAGAGCGAACGCCGCGUGCACCGAGUGAGAACUUUUCUUUCGCGGAUAACUGGACGAAGAUCGCCGUUCACUGUUAUAGAAUGGCUAUGAUGUGGAUCUUUGAAUCUUGCUUUAGCAACUUCAAAUGCUAAGUAAGCAACGGCUGACAGGAGUACAAACGAAUCUCACGUUACAAAAUUCCUAUCACGAAAUUGAAAUGAACGAUGGAGUGCAUAUUUCGACAAUGGAGAUAGCCUUUAUUUGAAAUGACCUCUUUCGCGGAGACAAAAAUGCAAUACUUGUGAAAUUGAAGUGUUGAAUAUAUUUCUGUCGAGAAUUGUGAGUCGUGAAAUGAAAUAGUGCAGAAUUUUUUAAUGCAAAGAAUAAUAGAUGUUUUAAAGAUGCUAAAGAGAGAAUGUCAUAAGUAACAACUGUACACAAAUAUUUAAUCAUUAAAAUAUAUUUACAAUAAUUAAUAAUAUUUAUUAAAAGAUUAUCUAUAAAAUCUAUCUAUCGAUUCUAAAAUCAAAACACUGUUUUACAAUUCCUUUUAUUCAACACUUUCAGUCCCGUGCACUGCUCGGGGUUAAAUAAACGAACAAUAUCCGAGCAUAGCUUGGAACGCUUAAACAGAAGAAACAAAGCCAAUUGUUUGUUCGGGCUUCGACUGUUUGAAAAGACUCUUUGUGUAAUAUAUAUUAAAUGGAUGCUAAGUUGUAAACCAUUAAAAAAACGUCUUAAAUAAAAUGCUAAAACUAAUUAAAACUACUUAAAGCUCAGUUUCUACUAAAAAUGUUAAAAGACUUAAUUAUCUAGUUUAAUUCUAUUACAUAUUUUGUCUUAGUUCUAGAGCUAUCUGACUUAACCCAAACUAGUCUAUCGAAAUAAAAUUAGAUUGGGAUGUAUUAGUGCGUUAUUUAAGUUAAAAGACAAAGACACAAAGAAUAAAAAAUACGUGCCUUUAGAAAAACACUAUAUUGCACAGUAGUCUGUUAGGAUUACUGUACCUAAUCGCGAUGAUGGAAACUCAUAUUCUAAUAAAUUGAGACCGUGAUUCAUAAUCUACUUAAUGAAAUAAUGAAUUAGCGACUACAUAUAAAUAGUAAACAAAUUAUAAACGGUUUUAUGCGUAUUAUAUAUUAAAUGCAGGACAGUUGAAUAAGAGGAUUUAGAAUAACAUAAUUUCUCAUUAGAAUCUGCCGCAUUACGGAUAACUGCAGAAAUCCUUGAUCCUCUGCGCACAUACAUACAUACAUAUAUAGUAUUAUUACGAUAUCUCUUGUUCACGAAGUGUUCAUUCGUUAUGUAGGUUUAUUAUCGUAAUAUAAUUCUCACUGUGUUGCAUAAAUAGGUCGAUAUAGCAAAUGGGUACCACAUAUUAUCAUAUGCGGUUUAUGUGCGCUAAGAAGUUCAUUAAAUAUUUAUUUUUUCUGUUUAUUUAAUUAUUAUGCAAUACAAUUAGGAUACAAUUAUCUAUUACUGUUAUUUAUCUAUAAUUAUUUAUAUUACUUUUACUUGACAGAAAGUGAUUAUUACACUAUUAUUUACGGUAAAUAUAAAUUAGAGAUUAUCAAAUCAUAUUUUAUCGUUCAAAAAAUUUUUUAUGUUCUCCAAUUUAGGAAGGCAACACAUUAUUUGUAAUAUUGUUACCAUUAUUUUUUUGUAAAGAUUAUUACUUUUAUAUCUGUAACGGUAACGUCUUUACAUUUUUACAGUAACGAUAAUGAAUGCAGCCGUUACUUUUAUAAUACAUUAUAUAAUUCAACCCUAUUAUCUUUAUAGUGCCAACAGAUUUGUGCAUCUCUCCCUUAUUAAUAAUUUUUUUAAAGAGUCUAUUUGAAUGCUAUUAUUAUUUUAAUUACAUUACACAAUUGCAGAAUUGUGAUAGUCAAUAUGUUACUUUUUUUUUAAUGCAUGUACCCCGCGUCUCUUUAGUACUACACAAACUAAUACCAUUGAAUGACAUUCUGACGUAAAUUUCUUCUUACAGGGAAACACUCUUUCCCAGGCGCAUUACACUCGUUCCGAACGUUCUCGGCAUAAUACGAAAAACCAGGAUCGUGCCGAAGGAAGCAUCGUGCCGCGUUAUGCUCUCCCGAUCUCCGUGCAAUAUUCUAAGGCAAGGUAAGAGCGUGAUGAUGAGGCAAGGGUGAGACAAGGCAGGGCAAGGCAAGGCACGACAAGGUAAGGCACGGAGGAAGCCGCCCCUCCGUGAUGACGGGCGGAGGAGCCCCUCUACUCUUGCCGCCUACCUGGAUCCCGACACGCCGUUCAAGAAUCAUCUUAUUAGAGACCUCCCCAUGCUAUAUAAACCCAACGUGCCAGCAUGCCGAGUAGUUACGUACUGACUUUAUUCACAGUCGUGCGCCGGAGAGUGCAUCGACGACAUAACAACACAACACGACACACGCACAUCCCUGCGCGUUGAUUUCUCUAAAGGGUUGUCUCGUUAUUGUUUCCGCUAGCGAGUACGUGAGUUAGCGUGGUUUAUCACCUGGUGCUGCCAAAAGAUGUACCCGCAGCUUGUCGUGCUAUGCGUGACGGUAGCCAGCGUUAUUGGUGACCUGCCACCGGGCACACGGCGCAACACCUAUCUGCCGCCAGAGCCGACGAAAGGUGGUUACACGUACAGCAAACCGACGGUACCAUUCACGAAGCCCACGCCGACGGCGCCGUUCCCCCAGACGCGUCCGACCCCGAGCUUCCCCGGACCCAGACCGACGCCGUCCUUCCCCGGACCCAGGCCGACGCCGUCCUUCCCCGGAACCAGGCCGACGCCGUCCUUUCCUGGGCCCAGGCCGACACCAACCUUCCCAGGACCUACCAGGCCUACUCCCUUUCCGUCAACGGGCACGGGAUAUCCGACCGGACCAAGACCUACACCUCCUUUCCCGGACUUUAUCAGUCAACAAAGCGGUGGUGAUAAAAACGUUAUCGGCGGCCCUGGUCAUGAUCAUCAUCAUCACGAACCUGGUAUGCCCUUCGACUUCAACUACGCUGUAAAGGACGACGCUUUCGGCAACGAUUAUUCCCAUAACGCCAUUAGCGAUGGCGAAGUCGUUCGCGGUGAAUAUAAGAUACAACUUCCGGACGGUAGGACGCAACUUGUACGAUACACCGCAGAUUGGCAACACGGUUUUAGCGCACAGGUCACUUACGAUGGAAAUCCUCGCUUUGAUGGAAAUUUCAAUCGAGGCUACUAGCUUUAGUGUCGGGUUCUAGGGUUGUUCAAUUUUUGUUAAAUCGAAAAGACUACAGAGCACAACGAAUCGUCGCAUGUAACAAUAUUUUAAAUAUAUUGGAGAUUAGUAAGAAUGUGUCGUGAAAAUAUGAUAGUUUACGUAGAGAACAAAUGUUCGCUAUAUAUUACUUAUUACGAUACCGAUAAUGGCGCGUAUUCAACGUCUUAGAAAACCACACAUAACGUCGUUUCUCGCGAAAGUAUAAAUUAACUUUUUCUUAACAAAAAGAGAAAGCGAAAUAAAUAUUUUUGUAACAUUUUUAAUUUCGAUAUUUUGAUAUCAAUAUCGAUUUUGAUGUUUAAACAGCCAAAUCAAAAUUGUAUUAAAUUCAGCUUCUUAUUUAAAAGACAUGAAUAAUAAUUGUAAUGUUUAUUUGCAAAUUUUAGUCAUAAGAAGCAUUUCAUAACUCGCUGAAAAAAUUAUUAAUAGAAUUUAUUGCUUAUUAAUUUCAAUAAACAAAUAAAAAUCUAUUUUUUAACACAAAAUUUCGUAAGAAAUAGUGCUAUUUAUUUAAUUCUGAAACAAACUAUAUAUCAGUGUGAUCCAAAAUUAUCUUCUUUUUUACACAUUCUUAAAUAAAAAAUUAAAUAAUUUAAGAAAACAUGUAUAGCUAAUAUAAAAAAUAAUAAAUAAAAAUGUGCUUUUUUCAUCUGUGAUAUAUAACCAUUGUAUUAUCACAUUUUUAUCUUGAUUACAUCACAGAUCAUUUUCAACAGCAUAUAUAAUUGUUACAAUUGUAUUGAAAGAUUGGAUCACAUUGAUCUGUAUUAUAAAUUUCCUACAUAUUUUUUAUUGUGCAAUAGAACCGUAUUGUUUAGCACUGCUUUGUGAUAAAAAUUAUACAGAACAAAAGAAAAUAGAUAUAGACUAGACAUAUAAUACUCUACGUUUAUGCUAUUCUAUCUUGCUUUGCACAUUAAAUUUUUUUGUUUUGUUUCCAGUACUUAAAGUUAUCAAAUAAUUUAAGACUCUAAAUAAUAUUAGCAUAUAGAUAAUUACCGUUGACCGCUAUACAAUGUGAAAUUAAUUCACGAUUAAACUAUGUAACAAGAUAGUUAAUCGUAUCACAUGAGAAAAAUUUACUUACAAUAAAAUUAAAAAAUAAUAUUAAUAUAUCCUUUCUUUUUGGAACACUGCCAGAUUUACAUAAAUAGAAAUAUCUCCACAAUCAACCCUAGUUUCAACUAAUAACUGUAAUAUAAAUACAAAUUUUAAUUACUUUAUUAAUUUCUAUGUUAAAUAAAAUUUUUUAACUUUUUAAAUAAAAAAUACUCAAUUACUAUCAAAUAUUCAACUUAAUAAAAUCUAUAUACCAUACUAAAUAUCCAUCAAUUAUUUUCUAUUUGGCUACUAAUAGAACUACAUAUCUGAAGAGAUCAUCAUAUAUAGAUUUUUAAGUUUUUACUUUUAUAUUGUUAAAACAAAUUUUUUCACUCUUCCACUAUAAGAAACUAUGGCUAAAUGUGAAUAAAAAAUAAAACUUUAUCAUAAUGAUCAUUUGCUACAAUAAUAUAACUAAAAACAUUUUAUAAUGUAAAUGUUUUAAAUUAUAUACAAAUGACAUAUUUAUUUUAAAAUGCGAUUUUGGUGUAACAAAUGUUUGCUGAUCAUAGAGAAAUAAAAGUAUCAUUCAUUAGUUAUUCAUUGAAUUGAUUCUUAUCAGAAUUCUUUUUAUCUUCGAAAAAAAAAAA